UCACGUGACUCAAGCGCAGCGACGGUAAACACGGAAGUGGGGCAGUUCUCCCUUGUCUCGUUUCAGCGGAUCGUUGCUCCGUAUCUGAGCAGCAGUCUCCGUGACGGCCAGCAGCAUGUUCGGGUCUCUGAAGCUGGUUCUGGUGGUGGUUCUGACCGUAUUUGUGUCUCAGGUGUAUUGCAGCUACUCCAGGAUGAAAAAAGUCCAGAACGUGAAGGUUUCAGGUUUUGACUGGAAAAACUGCGGCUGCCCAGAUGAUCCAGCUGUGAUGAAGACCCUGGCUUUGUCUCCAGACCCCAUCUCCAUCCCAGGAUUACUGACAGCCUCCGCCUCUGGGUCCACGUCUCUGGAGCUCUCCUCUCCGCUGCCUCUGAACGUGACUAUGGAGAAGGAGGUGGUGGGCGUCUGGGUGAAAAUCCCCUGUUUGGAGGAGCUGGGUAGCUGCCACUACCCAGAUGUAUGUGAUCUCCUGAACCAGCUGAUCCCACCUGGUCAGGACUGCCCUGAACCGCUGCACACCUAUGGUCUGCCCUGCCGCUGCCCCUUCAAAGCUGGUACAUACUCGCUGCCAGAGUCCAACUUCUACCUGCCCUACAUGGACCUGCCCUACUGGCUGACCAAUGGGAAUUACCGGGUCCAGGGAGUUGUGGGCAGGCAGGACAAAGAGCUGGGCUGUCUUCACGUUGGUUUAUCCAUCCAUUCCGUCUGAGCCUACGCUAUGACAGCCAUCAACUUCAUGUUUCCGUGAAUUCACACCACAAAGUGGUGAGAACUGGGCUAGACCGGUUUCACAAAGAGAAUAUUUCAACUUAAGAAGAUAACAAGCAGGACAACAUGUGGGAGGCAGUGAUGUACAGAAAUAAGCUGCAAUAAAAUCAAUACAGAACAUUAGUUGCUGCUUAAAAUGUCAGUUUCGAGUCCUCAGCAGCUUUUUUUAUCAAUAAGGAUACAUUAGAUCUGCAUUUAAGUUUCCUUUACAUGAAAUAGGAUCUCAUUAAUAAGUUUUAUGUAUAAAAGAAAACAGAUGGGAAUCCUGGUUUUGUUCUAUGCUGAUUUAGAUCAUUGAGAAGAGUUUGAUUUUAGGAAAACAGCUUUUUAAUAACCUGCUUUAACAUUCUUUUUAAUGUUUUUAAAACUGCUUUGCUUGUUAAAGAUGGUCCUACAAGGCAUCUCAUCUAAGAUAUAUUUGAGUAAAUGUUCUUUCAGUCUAACAUUGCAGCUCAUUGAUUUUGUUCAAUAAUUUUUUCUGCUUGUCUCAGUGUGUAAAUUCACAUAAAACUUUCAUGACUUGGCUAAAAAGUUUCAGCAAUACAACUUGAAUUUAGACAUGAACACAAUGUUUUUGUUUGUUUACCUUUACAUUUUCUCUUGACAGUCACACACAAGUGAUCAAUUUGAUUCAUUCAGGAAAAAUAAGCAUUUAAAGCUGCAUUUGGGUACUUUAUAAUCCUAAUUGUGAAAAAAAGUAGCUAUAAAAUGUGGUUUAUGCUGCAUCCUGAAUCUUAUUCUAAAUACAUCAACAUUGCUGCGUUGUUUGGUUCUUUUUAUCUGUUUGUGGAGCAUCACAUGCUUUUAUGGUUGUUUUUACUUGUUUUUGUUGGGCUGACGGGAUAAACGAGUCAAUUUUAACAAAGUGCCUGCUCUGAUUCAGAAGUUCGUAGAGCUUUGUGUAGAUGGUUUCACUAUAAAAAAUAUUGUAAUGGGAAAUAUAUUUCACACAGUGAACAAAUGUUUAAUAAAGUUUAUUUCACAAUCUGUA